AUGCUCCAUACAGCCCAGCUCAUUUCCCUCGCCACCUCGCUCUUCCUCUCCGGCAUCAACUUCGGCGCCUUCCACCUGACCGUGCCCAUUCUCCACGGUCUCGACGUCCAGACGCCCGCGACCUUCGCAUCCCUCUACCACCGGGGCGCUCGGCUGACCGCACCCCUUGCCGUCCUCUCGACCCUGACCUCGGCGCUCGUAGCGGUCCAGUCCACGGGUCACGAGCGAGCCAAAUGGAUCGUCGCUGCCGUGGCCACUUUUGCCAGCUUACCAUUCACAAGGGUUGUGGUCACGGAGACUAGCCGAACGCUUCUCAAGUUCGCUGGCGAAGAUGCUACUUUGGAGGAGAGACAUAGUCUGAAAGGUGACCAGGAGCGGCAACAGGACAAGGAGGAGGUUGUGGGGCUGCUGAGACGCUGGAAGAAGAUGAAUUUGCUCAGGAGCGCGUUUUCCUUGGUGGGUGGGUUGGCGGCUGUGGUGGCUGUCGUGUUCAGAACAUAA